ACGAACCGACGGAUUGAGCGCUCUUCAGUUGUGUGUCAACAGGAAUUCACCUUAGAAGAAAAGAAGGAGAGAGACUUUGUAAGAGUAAAGACUGCUGUGUUAAACCCAGCUAAGGAGCAGGGACUGGACUUACAGAGUGUGUGUGUGUGUGUGUGUGUGCGUGUGUGUUUGUGUGUGUUUGUGUGGCUGUGUAACCGGUGGAGGGCAGAGGAGUGGAGGGCCAGGGGACUAACCUGGCCAUCAAACGGACUGGAAGCCUCUCCUCUCCUGGGAUCAUGUACCCUCAGGGUUCCCUUACAACCCGGCCAGUCUUUCAAGUUCACAGUCCUGGAAACCCUGGACCGUAUCAAGGAGGAAUUCCAGUUCCUCCAGGCACAGUAUCACAGCCUGAAGCUGGAGUGUGAGAAGCUGGCCAGUGAGAAGACUGAGAUGCAGAGGCACUACAUCAUGUACUACGAAAUGUCCUACGGUCUCAACAUUGAGAUGCACAAACAGGCGGAGAUUGUCAAGCGUCUCAGUGCCAUCUGCGCUCAGAUCAUCCCUUUCCUCUCUCAAGAGCACCAGCAACAGGUGGUCCAAGCAGUGGAAAGGGCGAAGCAGGUCACCAUGGCUGAGCUCAACGCCAUUAUCGGGCAGCAGCAGCUCCAGCACCUGUCUCACCAUGCUCCUGGCAUUCCUCUGACGCCACACCCAUCAGGCCUGUCCCUGGGGGCGGGGAGCUCAGGGCUUCUUGCGCUGACCGGGGCCCUGGGGGUCUCGGCCCACCUUGCCUCCAAAGAUGAUCGCAACCACCUUGAUCCCGACCAUCUCAGAGAGGGAGCACCCAGCAGGAGUAAGUCAGUGUCAUCAACAGACAGUCAGCCCACUGAGGAGCGCCAGGGCCCAUCAGGAGGCUACUCCUCCUCGCAGGGAGGAGCUGAGGCAAAGAGGAGGCGCUGUGAUGACAAAGAGCCCCUUCCGCCACACUCCUAUGACAGUGAUGGAGACAAGAGUGAAGACAAUCUCGUGGUGGACGUUUCCAAUGAAGAGCCUAAUUCUCCUGUGGGCAGCCCUCCUCACUCCCCCCACGGGAACGGGUUAGACCGGGCUCCUACCCUAAGGAAAGAGCUCCCGGGCUCGUCAAGCACAGGAGAGGCUCCCUCCACCCCAAACCCCCGCAGCCCCACCCCAGGGAAAGGCAAAGACCCUGCACAGAUGGAUAAGUCCCAGUCUCCGCUGUCCAAGUCUGGCACCCCAUCCCCGUCCCACCGUGAGGCCCUUACCCCAGGAGCCCCAGGAGCCCCUGGUCCCAGCACCUCCUGCCUUCGUCUGGUCAGCAAAGCAGCAUCCAGCGCAGACCCCCUUGCUCUCCGCAGUCCCAUGUCUGUGCCCCCUGGUUCAUACCCAGCUCAUUUUGGCGUGGUGUCCCACGCAGGCCUGAAUGGGGAGCUGGCCAGCCCAGGAGGUUUCGGUGGGGCUCUAACUCUCUCUCCACAAAUCAGCGCAGCAGCCAGUGCCUACUCCCGAAGCCCCAUGGUGGCGUAUGACUCUCGGUCUCACCUGAGGGCACCAGGGCUGUCCUCUUCUCUGCCUGGUUCCUCUGGCGGCAAGCCCGCCUACUCGUUCCACGUGAGCGCAGACGGCCAGAUGCAGCCGGUGCCCUUUCCCCCUGACGCCCUGCUGGGCCCGGGAAUCCCUCGCCACGCCCGUCAGAUUCACACCCUGAACCACGGAGAGGUUGUGUGUGCCGUCACCAUCAGCACCUCGACGCGCCACGUCUACACCGGAGGCAAGGGCUGCGUCAAGGUGUGGGACAUCAGCCAGCCUGGAAGCAAGAGCCCCAUGGCCCAGCUGGACUGUCUGAACAGGGAUAACUACAUCCGCUCCUGUAAAAUCCUCCCUGACGGACGGACCUUGAUCGUCGGCGGGGAGGCCAGCACGCUGUCAAUCUGGGAUUUGGCCACGCCCACUCCCCGCAUCAAAGCGGAGCUGACGUCGUCCGCUCCCGCCUGCUACGCUCUGGCCAUCUCCCCUGACAACAAGGUCUGCUUCUCCUGCUGCAGCGAUGGCAACAUUGUCGUCUGGGACCUUCACAACCAGACGCUGGUCAGGCAGUUCCAGGGCCACACAGACGGAGCGAGCUGCAUCGACAUCUCCAACGACGGCACCAAACUGUGGACGGGAGGGCUGGACAACACAGUCCGCUGCUGGGACCUCCGAGAGGGACGCCAGCUCCAGCAACACGACUUCACCUCGCAGAUCUUCUCUCUGGGCUACUGUCCGACAGGCGAGUGGCUGGCUGUGGGAAUGGAGAGCAGUAACGUGGAAGUUCUGCACGUCUCCAAACCUGACAAGUACCAGCUGCACCUCCAUGAGAGCUGCGUUCUCUCUCUCAAGUUCGCCUACUGUGGCAAGUGGUUCGUGAGCACAGGAAAAGACAAUCUGUUGAAUGCAUGGAGGACACCAUAUGGAGCUAGUAUUUUCCAGUCCAAGGAGUCCUCGUCUGUGCUGAGCUGUGACGUCUCCCCGGACGACAAGUACAUAGUGACGGGCUCCGGGGACAAGAAGGCCACUGUGUACGAGGUGGUGUACUGAGGUCCGGGACAAGAUGGGAAGAGACAGGACGGAGAUUUUUCUGGUGGGUUUUUUGGAGGAUAGGGGAGGGGCGAACCAGUUGCCCCGCCAACUGCUCCUGAUCCUCGUUAAAUCAGCAACAGCAGCACCUCCGUCUCAGUCCUCUGAGUCCUCCUGACCCUCACCCCUAAUACAUCACCCCCUCUCCCCCUUUUUCCUGUGAUAUAAGCUACUGUGGAAGCUCCCGUACGCCUCCUCCCUCCUCCCCCCUUCCCCUUUCAGCCCAAGGAUGAGGCAUGAUAGCAGAGAGAGAGAGGCAGAAAGGGAAGCAGCAAGAUAAGAAGGACAAAGGAAAAGGGCGGUGGAGCAUAAAGAUAAAGUCGGGAGGGAAAGACAAGAAGGAGGAGAGAAAGCGAGAGUGCGGAAGGAAGAGAAAUGAAAGGGAGCAUGAGGAGAGGGAGGAGGAGGAAAGAGGCAGGGUAAUUAGGGCUGUUUCCUGAUUAAGAGCUCAGUGGAAGGGAGGCCCCCAGAGGAGGCGCGGAGCGGCACUGUGGGAGCGCCAGCCGGGAGCACUGAUACCACACAAUCGAUUCAUUAGCCAGACAGUGGAAGCCUUAAUGAGGCUGACGCCGCAGCUCGCUCUCCCCAGCGAGAGGUGUCAGGAGCUCGGGAACGAUGACGCUCCGAGAUGGAGGGGGUCGCUUCAGAUAUCCACAUACACUGACAUGAAACGUAGACCUGCUCACACACACACACACACACACACACACCCACAAACACACACACAGGCGCACGUCAUCAGGCAAAAAUAUACACUCUCGGAUACACCCCCUUGAGGUGAUCGCAAGAAGAGAGAAACGCACACACACACACACACACAACACACAGAGCACCCAAUUAAACAUUCAUCGCAGCGCUCCCCGUCUCACUGCUUAAUAUCUAUUUUAUUUUGGUCUGACAAAGGCAGCGUCUAAUGAGCAGCGGAGUCAAUGGGAUUCUCCCAGGGCCCAGAGACACAAACACAGAACAUCAGCCGAGCUGUUCCCUCUAAUUCCUCUGGAUUGUUCUCCUGACACCGGGCGCUGCACUCACUCUCAUUAAAGGCACUGUCAGCUAGAUGAAGUAGCAGCACGCCAACUUCACUGUAAGGCAGACAAGAGGGCAAAUUAACACCACCCGAUUACGCUAUCAUCAGCAGCAAACUAAGCAGCUAAUCCGAAUCCUUUUCAAUUUUAUGCAACUAGUUGCGGUUUUUCAUUUACACACCAGAUGAGAAUUACAUGUUUAUCAAAGUCAUUGUCUCGAUCCCCACCUGCCUGCUGAUGUGCUAGUGUUCAAAGUGGCUAAAUCUGGUUCGGUGAGCUAUUGAUUGCUAUUAAUUGAGGAAAAUACACUUAUAGAUUCAAAUUAUUGAUGCCACUCUUUCGCUAAGUAUGAAGCAGCCUGCUAACCGAGCUGAGCAUAAAGACUGAAAACGGGGAAACAGCUAGCCUGGCUCUGUCCAGAAGUAACAAAAACUGCCUACCAGCACCUCUAAAGCUCAUGAUUAACAUGUUAACAUAUCUUGUGUUAAAUCAACAACUUGCUGUUU